AUCCAAACUCGUCAAACUUACAAUGAGCGGGUUGUAUGGUUCGGGUUUUGUUUCAGCCCAACCCAUGCUGCACUCCUCCUCCUCCCCGCCGGAACCACCCAGCCCGAUCCCAUCUCACUUCUCCCGUCCUCCAAAAGCUUCAGCUAUAUUUCAGCGGCAAACACUCAAACAGUUAACAUCUUACUCCAAAGUAGCAAAAGACUCGACUUUUUGAAAAGAAAAAAAAAUUCCCUUUUAGUUUUCCCUGUAUCGAAUCAUCUCUUUCAAUGUAAUCAGACUGAAUACCAACAGGCGCGAUGCUGUCAAAACCCGUCCAGAUGCUAAUAGAGCACCGUGAGGUAAUUACGGAGAACUUCUUCAGAAGCUCCGUGAAUAGAAUCAAGGCUCUGUUUUCAAGUAGUUCUUCUGAGAUAGCCGAGUAUGUUGAGCUCCCGAGGCGGCGCCGGGGAUCAGAACGGAAGCCUCUCGUAACACCCAUCAAUGAGCUUAAACGGAGAGCGCGAGUGGAGAGGAAGAUGAGGCGAGAAGUGCGCGAGUUUACGCUUCGGCCGCCCGAGAAUGGGUUCUUGGUCAAGAGCCUGAUUCCAGUUGCCCAUGACGUGUUUGAUGCGAGAAAAGUCCUCUUUGCUGGCGUCUUGAGAGUGAUGGAGAGCAUCCCUAUCCAUGUGUGCAGAGUAUGUGGGGAAAUUCAUGUGGGAAUAAUUCCUCAUCGGAUACAUUCAUGUGAUGUUGCCGGGAGUUUGUCCACCAAAGAACACAGCUGGGUAAAGGGAGGAAUCGAGCAUGUUCUUCCACUUGUGGAAUCCUUUCAUCUCUAUGAUAGACUAGGUAGAGCAGUUUCACAUGAAGAGCGGCUCGAAGUUGAUAGGAUUCCAGCUAUUGUAGAGCUUUGUGUGCAAGCAGGCGUGGACAUCCCUGAGUACCCAACAAAGAGACGGGCCUUUCCAGUUUAUAAUAUAGCAGGGAAGAUGAUAGAUUUUGAAAAGAAGUUUCCGCGAGAUUAUUCGAGUGGGAAGGAUAUCCAGCCAUUUGGAUUUUGGAGGUGGAAGAAGAAGCCUGAGGAUAAUGAUUCUCCACCAUUCUCAUCUGUUGACAGUAUUCAAGAUAUAGCUGCGCGAGGCCUGGAAGCAUGGGAGAAGAUGCGAUCAGGUGCUUUGAAGCUUAUGAAGAAGUAUCCUGUCCAAACUUGUGGGUUCUGCCCUGAGGUCCAGGUAGGGCCGAAGGGACACCGGGCGAGGAUAUGCCAAGCCUACAAACACCAGAUGAGGGACGGGCAGCACGCUUGGCAGGAGGCCGCUGUUGAUGAUCUAGUGCCGCUGGUCCAUGUCUGGCAUGUGCCUGACCCGAAUGAUGGUAACCCGCUCGUGCAUGAGCUAAGUAGGUACUAUGGUAAACUGCCUGCAGCGGUAGAGCUCUUUGCGCAGGCUGGUGCUAUUGUUGGAGAGGAGUAUUAUGGACUGAUGAGGAAGGAUGCUGCACUGCCUGCACUGGAUGAGGAGAGGUUGGUUGUGUGAAAUAGUUGAAGCUAGUGAUUGGAUUACUGGAGUAAGCUGUAAGUGUUAUGAUCUAACAGUACAAUAUGCUUCAAAUUUUCUUGCUGCUUCCUUAAUGAGUGAAAAUGGAUGCAGGAAGUGCACAACUAGCAUUUGAUAUUGGUGUUAUGGAUAUGAAGUCAGUGCGAAUGUAUGUUUGCUAUAUUGUUGUACAUGGGUG